GAGAACGCACACAAGCGACCCGGCCACACUGCGCUGCAAUGUUCUCAGCAGCAGAGGAAAAAUAUGAGAAAAAGUGGAAAAAUAACAAAACAAACGGGCAAAAAACGUUGAAAAACGCGACGCGCAAUUGUAGAACGAGUGCACGACAAACGAGUGAUUAGAACGGCGUGCGCGAAAAAGCGGAAAAAGCACCCAAACCAAAGCGAAAAAAGUAAAGAGCCCAUCAUCACAGCGACGAAGAUGAGCGAAGAAGAAGAAGCAAGGCAGCAGCAGCAGCAAUAAUAAGUUGUUCUCUGUGCGAGUGAGAGAGUGCAGCAGAGCAAAAUAGGGGCAUAAAAAACGCAAAAUAAACGAAAAUAAAAAUACGAGAUUGCUGCGAAGUGAGUGUGCACAACGGUAUAAGUCCCGUUGCCCGCAAAAAUCUACCGCCCCGCUAGCUAGUGUGUGUGCCUAUCGGUGUAUGUGUGUGCGUGUGAGUUGGUGAGAUUUCCCAUUGGUGUGCGAAAAACAAAAGCCAAAAAAUCGGAGCAAAGAAUAUAUAGAAAUCAAGGAAAUGCAAUAUAGAAUCGGCUGUCGCCGCCGCUGCUGCUGCGUGCUGUAAUCCCAAUUGGACUCCCAAUUGGAGACAGUGUCUCUGUGUAUGUGCGUGUGUCCGUGUGAAAAGAGGUCAAAGGCGCAACCAAAGUUUUUCACUUUUCAUGCGGUAACCAAAAAAAAAAUAGCGCAAAAAGUGCCAACCAGCUGAGAGCGCAAAAUACAAAAAAAAAACAACGUCGCAGUUUUGCGUUAAAACAAUAAACCUGUCCAAGUGUGCGUGCGCGUGCGGCUGUGUGUGCGUGUAAGAGCGAAGCGAAAUAACGCAAAAAAAACCAUCAGUUGUUAAAAUAAUCCCCCGACAAACCGAUUUUCGGAUUUAACAACUCUCGGCUCGCAAACAACUCAAAAUCAAAUCUGGUUUUAUCAGGCGACGCAAAAAAAAAAAAACACAAAAGGCCAUAACCACAACAAAAACAAAAAAAAAAAGCGCCAAAAAUUAAAUUCUUCUGUAUGAGGUUUUAAUCAAGCAAGAAUUCAAUUUGCAUAGCAGAAGAGCGACAGAGAGAGCAAAACAUCCAAUUGGAGUUAGCGGCGAACGAGAAACUAUUCCUUCGGCAGACACAUUCUCCACAAUGGCCAAUCCGCGCAAGUUCAGCGAGAAGAUCGCGCUGCAGAAGCAAAAGCAGGCGGAGGGCACGGCGGAGUUCGAGCAGAUUAUGAAGGAGGUGCACGCGACGAAGCGGGACGAACCGACGACCAACCAAAAGAUCCUGGAGUGCCUGGGCGGCGGGCAUGAGUUGAGCCAGUCCUCGCAGGGAGGCGGCAACGGGUCCGGAGGUGGAGGCAGUGGCUCCGGCAGUGGAGCCAGCGGUGGCGGUGCCUCGCCCGACGGUUUGGGUGGCGGCGGUGGAGGUGGGAGUCCUCGGGAGUCCCGGGGACGGAGUAUGGGCGUGGGUCCCAUGCGGAGACCCUCGGAGCGGAAGCAGGAUCGCUCGCCCUACGGCAGCAGCAGCAGCACGCAACAAGCCCUGGACAACGGCCAACUGAACCCGAAUCUACUCGGCCCACCCAUGGCGGACAGCCUGAGUCGACGCUCCAACUCCGAUUCUAUGCUCUUCCAGACCGCGCUAGUGGCGGGCCUCGACAACAACACGUACCCCAACUACCAGCAGCAGCAACAUCAGCAGCAGCAACCGGGCCAACAAAGAUCUCACUCGCCGCACCAUGGGAUUAACAGGACAUUGAGUCCGCAGGCGCAGCGCAGGAAGUCACCCCUGUUGCAGCCCCACCACCUGCAACUGCACCAGCAGCAGCAACAACUGCAGCAGCAGCACCAGCUGCACCAGCAACUGCAGAUGCAGCAGCUGCAACAGCAACACCAGCAGCUGCAGCAACAGACCACGCCAUACAACAACGCCAAAUUCGUGAACCAAGUGUUCCGGCCGCUGCAGGAUCAGGCCAACUUUGCCAACACCGGCUCCCUGCCCGAUCUCACGGCCCUUCAGAACUACGCACCCCAGCAGCAGCAACAGUCCCAUCAGCAGCAACAGCAGCAGCAGCAUCAGCAACAACAGCAGCAGCAGCAACAGUUGCAACGAACCCUGUCGCCAGUCAUGUCGCCGCACAACCACCGCCUUGAGCGGGAUCAAUCGCCAAGUCCGUUUAGUCCGGCGGGUGGAGGAAGUGGAGCUGGUCCUGGGUCGCCCUAUCAGCAGCAGCAGCACUCACCCACCGGCAACACGCAACAACAGCCGCAGCAGCAGCAGCAGCAACAACCAAGUGGUUCGCCGCACCUGUCCUUCACCAACCUGGCCACCACCCAGGCAGCGGUCUCCACAUUUAAUCCGCUGCCAACGCUGGGACCGCACAAUGCCACCGACUACCGCCAGCCACCGAAUCCGCCAAGUCCACGCUCGUCGCCCGGCUUGCUGAGCAGUGUUUCGGCCACGGACCUGCACUCGAGUGCGCCGGCCAGUCCGAUACGCCAGCAGCAACAUGCGCAGCAGCAGCAACAGCAGCAGCAGCAGCAACAACAGCAGCAGCAACAGGCGCACCAGCAACAGCAACAGUUUGAUAACUCGUACAACAGUCUGAAUACCUCGUUUCACAAUCAGUUUGAGGGCUUCUCGCUGGGCGACAGCAAUUCCUCGCCGGAGCACCCGGUUUUUUCCGAGUAUGUGGCCCUGGACUUUGACGACCUGAGUGGUGGUGGAGGCUCAGCGGGUGGCGGUGGCAGCAAUGGAGGUGGCCUGACCAACGGCUACCCCAAGCAGGAGAUGCUGGACUUCAGUGAGCUGAGCGGCAGUCCGGAGGCGAGCGGGAACAACAACCUUUUGCGGAGGGGAGUGAGCAACUUGAACAACAACGGGUUGAGCAACGGCAUCGGGUCGACGCACAAUGGCAGCACAAAUCUGAACGGAGCGGGGAACAACAAUAGCAGUAGCGGCGGUGGCCCGACGCAGGAUCCCCUGGGCAUAACGGCUUCUCCUGUUCCCUCACCCUUGGGUGGCCCCAGUUCACCGCUACCGAUACCCAUGGUAUCGGCUCAGGGGUCGCCUCAGCAGCAACAUCACCACCACCACCACCAUCAGCAGCAGCAGCAACAGCAUCAUCAGCAGCAUCAGCAGCCGCACCAUCAGCAGCAGCAGUUGUCGCUAUCUCUGCACCAUUCGCCGCAUCAUUCGCCGAUGCAUUCGCCGCACCAUGGUAAUUCCCCGCUCUCGAGCAGCUCGCCAGUGAGUCACAAUAGCUGCUCCAACUCCAAUGUGGUGAUGAACCAUCAUCAUCAGCUACAGCAACAGCAGCAACAACAACAGCAGCAACAACAACAUCUCCUCCAGCAACUCCACCUUCAGGGAUCCUCGCAAAGUCAAACGCCAACCACAGCGAAUAUACCCUCGAUUAUCUUUAGUGAUUACUCGUCAACCGGGGACUAUUCCUUCGACUCACUUGAUCUGGACCUGGGCCCGAUAGACGAAGCCGGGAUGCAGAUCUUGUCCGACCAAAGCCCCAUCAUGAUCGCCAAUCCCAACAUCGAGGAUAGUUUUCGGCGCGACCUCAACUGAUACUAUGAGGAGGCUGUUGCGGCCAUCGAAAGCGGAGUGUUGCUAGAGGAGGACUACCAGGAGCUGCUGGGAUCGGAUGUGCUGGCGGAUGAGCAGGUGGCCACCGUGGAUAGCGCCACACUGCCGGCAGCAGCAGCAGCAGUAGUGGGAACAGUUGGAGAGGCAGCCGCAGUUAGCGACAAGGACAAAAAGGAUCUGGAAGUGGUGGAGUUGUUGGUGUCCGGCGUGAUGGAUGACUUAGUGGACUCCAGUGACCUCGACGAGGAGGUUCGCAACUUCUUCUUCUAGGCUGUAAGCCCUUUUACGAUUUCGCCGCUAUCACAACUGUUGGAAUUUUCAAUUUCUAACGUAAAUAUGAGGAAGUGAAUUAAGAGUCUUUUGAGUACUUCCACUUAGAUUUCCCCGAUUAAAUGCCAUAUUACUUAAGGUCAUGAUUCACAAGCUUAAUGUGAAGUAAUUUAAAUUCGGAAACUUUGACAAGGGGUGUGUAAAGUUCAAAAUAUGAUAUUAAUUUACUUCCGCAAAUUCAUGCUGAAACUGACAUUUUUAACAGGCCUCAAUAUUGUUAUCUCGUUAUCGCCCGUGCUUUCGUAGCUAGCUCUUAGCUCUUAGAAAAAAGCAUAAAAAAAAAUGAAAUGAAAUGAAAUGAAAUGAAUCGUUAACCCCUAAGUGUACUUGAGUGUCUUUUUACACCCUCUUUCCUCAAAAUCCCUAGCACCCCUGAAAAAGCGAAACAUAUUUUACAGCGAGUCUCAGAUUUUACUUAACUACGCACAUAAGUCACUAUACAAUUUAUACACUUAAGCUCUAGUUUCUGUAUAUAAUACAAUACCUAAUGGGAAGAAGCAAAAAGGAUUGAAACCAAAAAGUGUCUUAGACCAACGACCAAAAUUAUAUUCUCCAUACGAAAACGAAGAAAGCUGAGAGGAGGAAGGACUUAGAACAGCGCCUCUGAGCAAAAAAAAUACCUUCAACACUAUAUGCCAUCUAAUCUGUUUUCGUUUGUUUGUUUGAUCCAGAUAAAUAGCUAGCUAAUUACGCAUGUGUGUGCAUCUGUAAAACCCUAUGAAUAUUAUAAUCCCAAUGUGCCGUCGAAGCAAUUACUAGAGUUUAAGAAGCCGAUAUCGAAACCGAUCCCUCAGUGCUGUAAAGUCUUCAAAUCCCCCUUCCCCGCGAAAAUUGUUCGAAUACAAAACGAUAGAUAGAUGUAUUUUCGAGAUCCUUCUUCAUCAACGCAGUAUCACAAACUAAACGAGUAUAUAACCGUACAGACAUACGCAUAUACAUAUAUAUAGCAAAAUAUAUCUACUGAUGUGUAGUUAAUAGUCCAGGCACAAGUGUAGCUCACAAUCGGAAUUAAGUUCCAGUGUCCUGCUCAGACAAACUUUACGAAACCAACCAGAAUCAAAAGCAAACUCAAAAGAAAGCUAAAGAAAUUUUUACAAGUCUUUAACAAAUAGUAGAUAGGUUUUUUUCCAAAAACGUUUUCCAAACACUUAAUUAUCGAGCAUGGAACUACGACUACUACCACAAUACCCGAUCCAAUUUAAGCCCGUUGUCUCUUCAAGUCAUUUUUAUUACGAAAGUAAAAAAAAAUUAAGAAUCAAAUCAAAGAAAGCUUUAUGGCAUGCAACCAACAAUAAGGAGAAUGGAUUGGCUAGGAGAGUGCGAUCCUAAACCCUGCAUAAUAAUUACUGUUUAUAAAUAACAAAUCCCCUUAAAUCACACACAAAUCAUUGAGUCUAAAUUUACUUAAUAAAUGUAACAAAAACUUAAAAAAUUGAACAAAAAAAAUAAACAAAACUAAAUAGCUUCAAAAGUGCAAAGAUAAAAUGUUUUAUUUAAAUCGAGUACCAGAACUUCUUAUACAUAUACAUAAAUAUACAAUAUAAUGUUUAAUAUUAGUAACAAAAAUGUUUUUGCUAAUAAAGCCCCUACAAAAGAUUUCCUUUUUCUAAUUAUCGAUGUAAAACUAGUUAUAAACUAAACUUAAAAGAGACGAGGUAAAACGAGAAAAAAAAUUUACAAGCGACACACAAAAAAAAAGCGAAGAAAAAAGAAAAAUACAUAUAUAAAUGUAAUUUAAAAAUGUAAUUUAUGUGGGAAACGCGCAAACAUAUAUAUAGAUUGAUAACAUUUGUCUCUGCUGUUUUGUGUUAAAAUAAACACCUAAAUAAAAGAACUUGAAGAAUUAAAAUAAUACUAGAUAAGUGAGAGAGAAAUGCUAAUUAUAAAUUAUACUAUUAUUAUUAUACGACAUGUACUAAGUAAUUGUGUAUGUAAUAUAUAAUUACAUUUAUAUUAAAUUAACGGUACAUCAACAGCAACAAGAAAACCCGCAAAACCGAGGAGAAUAAGCCAUAAGAUUAUAUUCAAUGUAAUAACACAGUUAUUUGUUUCAAAUAAAUCUUAAAUUUGAUUUUAAAGUCCAGAAAAUAA